AAAUGACUAAAAUGAUGCACAGUGCAAAAAUAAUUAUUUGGGGGAAAAGUUUAAUUUUAAAGGAAAAAUAAUAUUCUAACCAGGAUUUUAAAGCACAUUUAACUCAAAAUAAUCAACAUGAAUUUUAAUUGAAGAUUGCUGCAUUGAAUGCUUGGGAAAUAAUUUCUAGAGCUCAAGUACUACUUCGGAUCCUCUGAAAAGUUCGGCAAAACUAUUCAAUCACAUCAUGAUUUUGACAGUUUUAUUUCGAAUCCCCAAACCUACCUGACUGUAUUUCAUGACUUGCAAUUAGACUUACUGGUGAAUGAAAACACACUUUGCAUUACAUUGUAGCUGUGUGCAUCAUCUCCUGGAUGAUGGGACCAGUGUAGCUUCUGGGAACAAGACAAACAUUGACAUUAGGUGCUUGUGUAAUAACAGCCAGUCCCCGUUGAUGUGUAUGUCCCCAUCUUUAAAAAGCCUAUCUGGCUGAAUAGAAGGAAGCGGCUUCAGCUUCCCCAGGAAAUGGGAAGAGGAAACUCGGUGGCUCUGACCCCUGCAUUGCUGCUGCAAGACGACUCAGUGGAGAGAGAAAGAGAACAAGGGAAGGGUGGAGGGCGGCUCUCGUUAAACAGAGACACUUGAGAGAGCUGGGAAUACAAACAUAAGAGAUUUGGAGAAGAUGAAGGUUCUCCUCAGAACUUUGACGACUUUAUGCUGCUGUUGGCUGUCUUACUCACUCAUGCUGGACUCAGCCGGGAGGAAUGUCUGCCACAACCCCAGGGAUCCACCCACACUUGUGUGCUGCACAGGCUGGCGUCAGGAUGGAAAAGAGUGCACAAUACUGGUCUGUGUGUGUAUUUAGCUGUGUGUGAGGGUGAUCAGGCUUGUCUGAAGAAUGAGCUCUGUGUCUAUCCUGGAGUUUGUCGCUGCCCACCAGGCUACUAUGGAGCUCACUGUAAAACACGGUGUCCUCCAGAGUUUUGGGCAUCAGACUGCCGUCAAGUGUGCCCGUGUCACCCACAUGGCCGCUGUCACCCCGUCACAGGUGAGUGUACCUGCAACCAAAACCGCUGGGGUCCUCUGUGCCAAUACGCCUGCAAAUGCGCCCACCACGGAGUCUGCCACCCCGUAUACGGAAACUGCACCUGCGACGAGGGCUGGUGGACAGCCACUUGCACCAAACCGUGCCAGUGUGUCCCCGGGGGUUCCGUGGGACCCGGAUGCGACCAACUGACGGGCCGCUGUCAGUGCCACAAAGGGCACUGGGGACUGAAAUGUCCCGUCCCUUGCAACUGCUACUUGUCGCAUUGCAACCAGCGCACCGGUUUGUGUGAGUGCGAGGCCGGUUGGUGGGGGCCCAACUGUGACCGGCGUUGCAAUUGUGACCUCACACACAGUAGUUGUGACCCUGCCACCGGGCAGUGCUUGUGCUAUCCGGGGUACGAAGGCGACGACUGCAAUCAGCCGUGUAAACCUGGGAUGUACGGCAUUGGGUGUCAAAUGAGUUGUGGACACUGUAAAGGAGAUGAAGUGUGCGCCUCCACUGACGGCGCAUGUGCAUCUUGUGAGACGGGCUGGAAUGGGACACAGUGCGACCGACUAUGCACACCUGGUUACUACGGUAACAGCUGCCAGGAGACGUGCCCGCGGUGCAGAAACAACGAGCCCUGCGAUCCCCAAAGUGGUAAUUGUUGGAGCUGUAAUGCGGGAUGGACAGGACCCAGGUGCGAGGAGGUCUGCUCCGACAGGACGUAUGGAGAGGCUUGCCGCUUCCUGUGCAGCCCGUGUUACCAUGGAGACUGUCAUCACGUGACAGGAAAAUGCAUCUGUCAUUCGGGCUUUCAGGGGGAGAGUUGUAACAGCAGUUGCUCAGGUGCACAGUUUGGGCUCAACUGUUCCUCAGCCUGUGAGUGUAGCGAAGGGGUCAGCUGUCACCCGGUCACUGGUGCCUGCCCCAACAGUGGCCAAGGCGCUCUCUUGGUUGGCCUACUACUUCCAUUGCUGUUGUUGGUCCUCGCUAUAUUCUGCUGUUGUCUAUGUUGUGGAGGAGCUCCGGCAGAUAGCAAAGACAGGAUGACAGUGGCAGACGGAGGGCUGGCUGUGCGGAUGAAAUAUCACGUCUACAGCGUCUUGGCUAACAUUGGUGCCGCCCUACCCUGCAUCUCUGACUGGUCCUCUGGCCUCCCUCGGGUCACUGUGUCUCACCAUGACCCAGAGCUAACGUUCAACCACAGCUUCAUUGAGCCUCCGUCCUCGGGUUGGGUGACUGAAGGGUCGUCCUUCGACAGUGAUGAGGAGGAGGGGGAGGCUCUUUACUGCGUCCCCCCGAGAGAAGAUAUCUCAGGAAUGGAGGGUAGCCACUUCCAGGAGAUGAGCUCCAAGUGUAACAUGCUCUUGGACCCGUCAGGCUUCAGUAGCGAGGACAUUACCUCCCCCUUCGACAUCCCCCGGACUUCCAGCAUUGCCAAAACCAAGCGGCCGUCUGUUUCUUUUGCAGAGGGCACCCGCUUCAGCCCCAAGGAGAGACGUGGCUCGGCUCAAGAUGUCACCUCUCUGUCCGGGCACCCCCGCAAAGCCAAAUCCACCUGCGGGGGUUUAGUGUCCUCAAUUGGGCCGGGCGAGGAAGAUGAAGCUGAUGCUGAGGAGAGGGAAGAUGGCCUAGAAGUUCAGGUAACAGAUCACCAAGAUUUGAGCUAUGAGGUUGUGGACCAGGAGCAGGAUAGAAAGUUGAACAACACAUCUCGGACCACAUCAGGACGAAGACGUACCACGUCCAACACAGCUCCACAACAUAAAGCAUCGGCCACGUCCGCUUCCGAUCAUCCACCCGGUGUCCCAAACAAGGUCACCACAGUGUACGUGACGGUAGGGAAGACAGGGCGGCCCACGUCCAAGCUGGAGCCGAGCUCCCAAGGCCCUGUUCAGGCCAUGUUAAGGCGUCUUGGAAGCCUCCAGAGACAAAGAGAGCAGGAGCCUGGCAAAAGUAAACCCAAAGACUCAGAAGCCAUCGCCAAACCCCCCAGGAGGAAACUCGGGGCUCGGAGAAGCGUGUGGGAGCAGGGCGGCCCUCCAGGAGUCGAACCCGCCAUCAGUAAACCCGUGAGGAGGAAACACGCUUCACAAAACACUCCUCAAACGGCUUCUUGCGAUACAGGGUCGUCAGAGAGCAUUCCUCUCAAAAGGCCGCUGUCGUCUAUUUUGAAGAGCGUUCCAGAGGUGGCGUCACCUGACUUUCAGGACUCUGGCAGAAGUAAUGAACAUGAGCCCAGUGGGGGACAAACUGAAAGCAGUUACUUCACUGUUGGGCCAGCAGGGGACGCUGCUACUCUUAUUGAAGUCAGGACCGGUGAAGAUGAAGUAGAGAAUGUGAAAGAGGAGCCAUGCUAUGAAAACGUCAUGAUCACACACUCGUAUACCUCAAACACAAAUGCAUAAAUGUACUGUUCUGUAAUGAAAUAGUGUAUAUUUACAAACUUAACAUACAUGUACAUACGGAGAAUAGGAAUACACAACAUACAUUGUACAGUAUGCACUUUAUAUUAAUCUAGAAAUAAACAGUAAUAUAAUAAUA